CGGUUAUCUAACCCCACACGCUGUAGAUCGACGGGUGCUGCCAAACCUUGACGUGCACAUCUGCAGAGUAGAGAGCAGCUGGGCCUACUUCUUCUCCUUUAUUAGUUGUUGCGUUGAUUCAUUCAUUCUUUGUCUCCUUUUAUACUCACAUACACGCAUACGCAGUACAUAUUUCACACUCAUUGUUCGCUGAAACGAAGUAAUGCGCCGCUCUCCCCAUCCUUGACGCGCCAACAAAGCGCCCCGAAAUCUCUUUUGGAGACCUCCUCUCGCCCUCACCACUACGCUCCUCGAUCUCUACUCUCUCUUCAGAAUCACUCUACUGCCUGGCUAUCAGGGAAUAGAUCGCCAUGUCGGACUCGACGCAGGGCGCGGCGCAGGCCAACCGCAAUAUCAGCAUUAUUGCACUGUUGACGGCUAUCGGUACUGGUAUCGCGGCGUCGGCAGUGCAGAUCUUGAUUUUUACGUUGAUAAAGAAUAGGCUGGUUAGGAUAUACCAGCCAAAGACAUAUCUCGUCCCCGAACGACAACGAACCACACCGCCGCCACGAAGUCCGUUCGGGUGGUUAGUCUCGAUUUUCACAUACAAAGACAAGGAGAUCAUCAAUAAGUGCGGCCUGGACGCCUACUUUUUCCUACGCUACCUCCAAACCCAACUCAUCAUCUUCGUCCCGCUCGCCUGCCUCCUCCUCCCCAUCCUCCUCCCACUCAACUACAUCGGCGGCCGCGGCACCGCCAAAACAGACCCCGUCGACGGUAACAACGCCGACCCCGAAGCCCCCGGCGGCCUCGACAGGCUUGCCUGGGGUAACAUCUCCCCGAAACAGACACACCGCUACUGGGCGCAUCUCGUCCUCGCCAUCGUCGUCGUCACCUGGGUCUGCUACGUAUUCUUCGCGGAGCUGCGCGUCUAUAUCCGCGUGCGCCAGGACUACCUCACCUCCGCCGAGCACCGCCUGCGCGCAUCGGCAACUACCGUCCUCGUCACUGCCAUCCCGGAUAAAUGGCUCACCAUCGAGGCACUUAGUGGUCUCUACGAUGUCUUCCCUGGGGGGAUCCGCAAUAUCUGGAUCAACCGCAACUACGACGCGCUGCUGGAGAAGGUGCGGCGUCGCGAGGGCAUCGUGGCAAUGCUAGAGGCUGCCGAGACGUCCCUGAUCCGCAAGUGUAAUAAGGCGCAGCUGAAGCAGGCCGAGAAGGAGGAGAAGGCCAUGCAGCACAAGACGGGACAUCAUGAUACAAAGGAGGAGCGCGCGAGGCGUGCGAAGAACGCCGAAGAGACGGCGGCGCAGAUUGCGAGGGGAGAAGGUGUCACGUCGGGUGAUAUCAAUCAGGUUGUGCAUUCAGUUGAGGAUGCGAUUGAGGAAGGUAAUCGCCGCAAGAAUCGCGUGGUGGACAAGCAGACUGCCAUGGGCGGGUUAGCGGCGAUGGGGAAGCAGUUUGGGCGUGGGCUCGGGCUGGUAGGGAAGGCGGGUGAGACGCUCGUGGAGGGCACGAAGAAUGUCGGAGGGACAAUCGUGGGGGGUGCGAAGACCGGGAAGGGGCUUGAAGGCCAAAUCGAGUCGACGAAUGGGUUCGUGUGGAUUGAUCGCGAUCCGCUCUGCCCGGACAUGAGGCAGGAGCGCUCGAGAUCGAGGAAUAAUAGCAAUAGUAGCCAAACGCAUUUUGCGGACGCGGAGCCGGUGGAGACGCAGAUCAGUAUCCCGUCGCGCGAUGUCAGUUUUGGGCAGACGCCGGAUACGCCGAGGGGCUUUGGCGAGCACCGCGGCGUUAAGGGGCCGGAGCUCGAUAAUAUCCCUUAUAGAUUCGGCGGCGGUGAUGGGAGUAACGACUCGGAUGAGAUGAAGAAUAGCUGGUGGAAGUUCUGGAAGGGGCCGAGUGGAGGAUUCGCGUCGCCUAUGCCCCAUGGGUUUGAGAGGGAUGAAUACACCCAGAAGAGGAACUUUGGGCAGAUGGUUACGAGUGGUGGGCAGCAGAUUAUCGCGCCCGUGAAGACUCUUUUUACGAAUAACGAGGGGCCGCAGCACGAGUACCCACCGCACAUUGACCCGGACUACGUCGAGGACGAGGAGAGCGCGCUGUGGGCGAAGUAUAUUAAGAAAAAGGACCGCAGCACGCAUCGCCUUCCUCGCUUUGGCAUCGGUAUCCUGCCAUACAUCUUCCCCUGGGUCAAUACAAAGGUUGACUCUAUCUACUGGUGCCGCGAGGAACUCGCGCGCCUCAAUGUCGAGAUCGAGUACGACCAAGACCACUCCGAUGACUACCCCAAGAUGAACUCCGCCUUCAUUCAAUUCAACCACCAGAUUGCCGCGCACAUGGCGGUGCAGGCCGUCAGCCACCACAUCCCGAAGCACAUGGCUCCGCGCAUGGUCGAGGUCUCGCCCACGGAUGUCAUCUGGGGGAACAUGUCGAUUAAAUGGUGGGAAGCAUGGCUGCGGACUUUCUUCAUCCUCGCGGCUGUCGCGGGGAUGUGUAUUCUCUGGGCUAUUCCUGUCUCCGCCACCGCGCUACUUGGCAAUAUUCCUGAACUGAUCAGGCAAUACCACUGGCUCUCGUUCCUUCGCGGGGCCGAGACCGCGCUCAAAAGUGUCGCGGGUAUUCUGCCCGCCGUUGUCCUAUCGCUGCUGAUGAUUCUGCCGCCGCUCGUCUUCUACAACCUCGCGACGCUGCAGGGCAACCAAACGGGCAAGAUGCGUGAGCUGUCGGUGCAGAACUACUACUUCUUCUUCCUGUUUGUGCAGGUCUUCCUCGUUGUCUCUAUUGCAAGCGGAACGUUCGCCACGCUCGCUGGUAUCGCGGAUGUCACAUCCAUCCCUGGUCUACUGGCGCAGAACCUACCCAAGGCCUCCAACUACUUCUUCUCGUACAUGAUCAUCCAGGCGCUAUCAACCAGCGCCGGCAGUUUGCUGCAGGUCGGCACGCUCAUAAUGUGGAUACUGAUGCCCAAGCUCUUCGACAACACGGCACGCCAGAAGUGGAAGCGCAACACCACGCUCUCCACAGUGCACUGGGGCACCUACUUCCCCACCUACACCAACUUCGCCUGCAUCGCCAUCAUCUACUCCACCGUCGCGCCCCUCAUCAUGGUAUUCGCCAUCAUCACCUUCACCGUCCUCUGGCUCGCCAACCGCUACUGCAUGCUCUACGUCUUCCGGCACACCGAAGACACCGGCGGCCUCCUCUACCCGCGCGCCAUCAACCAAAACUUCAUCGGCCUCUACGUCAUGGAACUCUGCCUCAUAGGCCUCUUCUUCCUCGUUCGCGACGACAAGAAUAACGCCGCCUGCUUCCCGCAGGCAAUCAUCAUGAUCGUCGUCAUGGCACUAACAGCACUCUUCCAAUUCCUCCUCAACCAAUCUUUUAGCCCCCUCUACGAACAUCUCGCCAUAACACUCGAAGACGAAGCUGUCCUCCGCGACGAGGCUUUCGAACGCGCUCAAGCUGCUCGUCUUAUGGAAUCAGACCACGAUGACUCUGACUCGGACCGCGACGACGGCGCCGCGCGCAACCCUCGCGUCCCUGACACCUCCGUCUCCCACGACGACGACAUCGAGCUCGAGCUCCGCAAACUUCGCACUUCGCAAUCUACCAAGUCUGGCGGAAACGGAGGGACAUUCAACCCCCUUAACCCCCUCCGCACGGGCGCCACAUGGGCCACGCGCGGAGCACGCACUCUCGGCGCCGCAACAUUCGGGGACCUCGACACGGCGCACGCCCGCCGCCGCCGCAAGAAAGACGUCGAAGCCCAGCAGCUAAUGGGAGAAGCCCUCUUCGGCGGCUACAACGACGAAAUCGAAGACCUCACCCCCGACGAGCGCGACGCGCUCGUGCGCGUAGCAUUCCAGCACGAGGCGCUCAGGGCGAAGAGGCCGAAUGUGUGGGUGCCUCGCGACGGGCUGGGGGUGAGCGAUGAGGAAGUGAGGAGGACGGAGAGGGUGGGGAUGGGGAAUGUGUGGAUUACGAAUCGGGGGACGGCGUUGGAUGGGAAGGGGAGGGUGAUGUAUGGGAGGAAUCCGCCGGAUUUUGAGGAGGUGAGCUUGAUUAUGUUGUAG